CUGCCCCGUAAUUCUUGUUGCUCCUCUCUCCGCAUUCACGGCGCAAUCAAGGGCAUCGGUUGACGCUCACUGUGAAGUCCGGAUUGCACAACAAUCCAUGCUGAUAUCAAUGCAGAUAGACCCGGCUUUUAGUUAUAAAGAUGCCGGACGAUGCGUCCUCGAUUACCCCACUCAACGCUGCAUCUCGAUCAGUGUUCCCAACAGGUCCCAGCUUCACCCUUGAGGACUUCUCAAGUCGCGACUUCAUUGUUAAGGAGUUUAUCGAGGCGCUGUCGGACUCCGCCAUUUCGAAUCGUCGUUCUACAAUCACGCCUACAACCGGAAACCAACCGUUUGACCCGAAGCCACUUAUCAGGACCCUUGAGCACGCACAGCGGCGCCUCGGUGAAAUCUCCGGCGACCUAGAGAUCAGAGAAAAUGAACUGUCUGCAGCAGUUCGCAGGGCUGAGGCACAGCAUUCCCAGAACCUCAAUACACUGGGUAAGAAGCUAAAACAGACAAUCGAGUCUUUUCAGCAGCUCGACACCUCGCUCAAUGGUGCCGGGCUAUCAGGUGUAGAGCUUGCCGGGGGCACCGGAAAUAUGGCUGUCGAGACUGGAAAGAAAUUGGAGGAAUUAGACCGCCAAAGACGCCGGGCGCUUGAUGCCCGCUUUCUGCUCGAGUGUUGGGAUGGUGUGAGCAACAGGGGCGAGCUAACGCUUCUAGAGAACCUAAGACGUUCCGGAACUGGUGAGGCUAAGGUACGGUCGGCACAGAUCGCGCGGCAACUGCUUCGAAUAAGUCAAAGACUUGAUACCGAGAGCUGGAACGAUUCGAGUGGAAGGUCCGCUGGGCUCCCCGGAAAUGGAGUUAUAUCUGCAGACGAUAACAUAAAUGGGAAAGGGAAUGGGACCAGACGGAACACUCGUGAAAUCAUCGAGAAGUUCUCUGAAACUUUGGAGAAUGAUUUGUUAAAGCAAUUUGACGACUUCUACCGCAAGGCAAAUUUUGAAGGCAUGAAGGACUGCGCAACUGUACUUCAGGAUUUCAACGGCGGUGCAAGCGUCAUUGCUUUAUUCGUCAACCAGCACCAGUUCUUCAUCGAUCGAAGCCAGCUAGUUACAGAAGAAGUAGGGGGCGAUCUAGAGACGUGGGAGAUGCUCGCAGACCCCGAUGCUGAACCUCUGAAAGUGGAACCUAGCCUUCAGUCUUUGAUCGAUGAAGUCAAGGUCGUAGUGCAAGAGGAAUCGGCCAUCAUCCGGCGAGCCUUUCCAUACUAUGAGCAGGUCCUCGGGAAGUUUUUGCAACGCGUGUUUCAGCAGUCUAUUCAGCAAAGAUUAGAAAUGGUCUUGGAAAAGGCAAACAGCGUUUCAUCACUAGCAUUUCUACGAUCCUUACAGAGCUCUCGAAGUUACAUCAGUGCUCUUGUUGAUGAUCUGAAAAGCCAUGGGCUGACGGAACACCCGGAUCCAAUCUCUUCACAAACGGCUUUAGUCCUUGACCAGCAGUUGGAAGACUUGUUCGUACCUUAUUUCGUUGGAUCGUCAUAUAUAGAGAGGGAGAAGAGGACACUGGAAGAACUCUAUACGUCCUUGCUUUUCAAGUUCACUACUUUUCAUGCACGCAGAAAAAAGGCAGCAACAACUUUCAUGGCAUCCCUUUCCAAAUCCGGUACUGAAAUGCUUUCUUCGGCUCGUGACGCAUAUUUGAGUCGUCUGGAGUCUUCGGAAUUUCCUCCAACCCAAAGAAGAUUGCUACUCCAAGUGGCAGGAUUGAGAGAGUCUAGCGACCUCUCAAAACCUACUGACAUCAAACUGACCGAAGAAGACGGCAUCCCAAGCAUAUCUUCUGCAAAGCGGAUGCUUAAGUGGCUUGCCGAAGCAGUUGGCAGAGGCUUAGAGCUUAGCGUUAAUAGUGAAACACCCAAGGAUAUGCUUGCACUAUUGACUCUCCUUCUUUCAGUAAUGGGAGAAGGGUUCAUUGAAGUGUCUCUAGAUGCCGCACUGGAAGCAGCAACAUCGCAAGAGUCUGGGAAAGCAGAGCCAGAUUUUGCAUAUUUACCAGCCAUUCGGAAUGCUAUUGGUAUUGCAAACUUGAUGGUUAUGUGCAUAAAUACUUUACUCAUCCCACUUGCGGCGGGUAGUAUUACCAUCCGGCGGGAGAUGGAGAAGAAAACAAGUCACAUCACUAUGCGCAUAGAAGAGAAGAUCAACAUACUUGAGCAGAAGGUCAUUGACAAUACACUAACAUGGACUGGCAAACUCCUGUCUGGCCAAAAGAAAAACGAUUUCCGACCCAAGGAGGGGGAUAGUACGGCUUGGUUAGAAAAGCUACAAACACCUACCUGUGCUACAAUCUGCACAUUCCUGACUCGUGUGCAUAACGUGGUGAAGACAUCCUUGCCGCCCAGUGGCUCCAAUAUUCGCCAACUGCUGACAGAAAUUGCCAUUGGAACACGCACUCUCCUGCUGGAUCAUUUCAAACGGUUCGUUGUUAAUGGGCCCGGCGGGCUUAUGGUUACCAAGGAUAUGACGCAAUAUACGGACCUCCUUAAGUCCUGGGACACCGAGGAACAGGUCAAAGGACCAAGCGGCACGCUGGACGUACUGCUGGAAGUGGGCAACCUCUUUGUUAUCGGCUCUGAAGCUUUACGCGAAAGAAUUCGUGGUGGUACAGGGAGUGGUACUGGUGGAAGCGCUGGAAAUAAUACUGGAAAUAGCCCAGGCCGAAGCCUCGGGGGUUCUGGCCAGACGGAAACGGGUCUUAGCGUCCAGGAGGUCAGGGCGUAUGUUUCCCGCAGAGAAGAUUCCAAUACAGCUGCGCUGCAGAGUGUCCUUAAUAUUCUGUGAUAGGGAACAGUGUGGACACAGCCAAUAACUAUGGAUAAUGAAGACUUGACC